GGUAAUAAUAAAGUGUGUGUUAUAAUUUCAAGCAUCGUUUAGGUUAAGGGUCGUUUCCGGGGGAAGGAGUUAAUGUUGGGUUUCUGGUGUAGCGCGGCAGUUAUAAACAGAUUGGAGCUGAGUUUUAAAGUUAGAUAAAUAAUUAACUGCUCGUGUUUACUUUACUUCGAGGAGCUCUUCAGCUUUUGGUAGCGGUUAAUUUUUUUAUAGGACAAAACACAACACCACAUAACCUACAAUGCCUGUCAAAAGAAAUCUUCCAUCAGCAGAUAAAGAAAACACUCCAUCAAAGAAGCCAUCUUCGAACAGGACGUACUCCCCUGUAAAAAGAACUGUACCCAAGAACCCAGCAUCCAAAACUCAAGCAGGUAACUCCAAAACCAGUGGGAAGACUGUCAGUUCCUUAGGAAGAAAGGAGCCACAAACGGAAGAAGAGAAAAUGAUUUUUUACAGAUCUAAAGUGGAGGAAUCUAUAGGAGCAAUAAUGAAAACUAAGCAGGAGCUGGAGAAAGUAAUGCCAAAAGAGGGCAGCAGUGAGCUGUGCAGCAUCUUGCUGAUGAGUCCUGCUGAUCUGCACACUGAGCUGGAGAAACACAAAGAGCUGACAUCUAAGGUUGGUGUUUGUGUAAAUGCACCACAGAGGCAUGAAGAUUGCCUUCUAGGUAGAACGCAGACUGGCAGCUCGUAUGAGUUUCUGAAGGAAAUCUUAAGUGGCUGAGAUGGCCAAUCUGAACAACAGCUGGUGGGCCCACACAAACCAUUUCCUAUUUCGGCUCAAGGUGGAUCAUAUAACUCUCACUUUAUCACCCCUAGAGGCCACGUGAAGGACAAAAGCGCAAGGUGGCUCAUUAACAGGACGGUUUCCUCCAUGUACCACAUAAAAAUACAUGUGUUGACACACUGUGGAUAAGCUAUAUGUAGUGUGAUAUAGUGAUAUACAGCUCUGGACAAAAAAUAAGAGAUUACUUCAGUUUCUAAAUCAGUUUCUCUAAUUUUGCUAUUUGUAAAAUGAACAUUGUUGUUUUAUUCUAAAACUUUAUAAAUAAAAUUUUUGUCAUUUUGAGCAUUUAUUUGCAGAAAAUGAGAAAUGGCUGAAACAACAAAAAAUAUGCAGAGCUUUCAUACCUCAAAUAAUGCAAAGAAAACAAGUUAAUAUUCAUAAAGUUUUAACAGUUCAGAAGUUAAUAUUUGGUGUAAUAACCCUGGUUUUUAAUCACAGUUUUUAUGCAUCUUGGCAUGUUCUUCUCCACCAGUCUUACACACUGCUUUUGGAUAACUUUAUGCCACUCCUGGUGCAAAAAUUCAAGUAGUUCAGCUUGAUUUGGUGGCAUGUGAUCAUCCAUCUUCCUCUUGAUUAUAUUCCAUCGGUUUUCAAUUUGGUAAAAUCAAAGAAACUCAUUUUUUUUUUUUUUACAGAGCUGUAUUUCCAACUGUUUACUAUCCUUAAACCUGACCCAUUAGCACUCAUCUAAUUAGGCUUUUCCCAGACUCUUUCCAUAAACAAAUAUUGACAUGACAUGAACUGUAUUUAGAUAAUUUAAUAUAAUAUACUGUAUAAUCAGUAGCAUCAUACGAGUAUUUAGCACUCACCUAAUUAGGCUUUUCCCAGACUCUUUCCAGACCACUAUAUGGACAAGUGUUAGGAUACCUGCUUAUUCAUUGUUUUUCCUAAAAUUAAUGGUAUUAAAAAGAGUUUAUUCUG